UCACAAAAUUGCCGCACCAUUUUGCCAACUAAACACAGGCGCAUUCUCUUUCCCCGGCUGGCGGCGGCGAUGGCUACCCGCAGAGCCAAAAAGCGAAAAUGGCAUGAGGCCGAGUUGGUCGCCGGCGUCCGACCACCGGCGAGCGGCAAGCGCGAAGUCGGAGAAGGUCCCGACCUGAUCAGCAACCUACCCGACGGCGUUCUCUGCGACAUCAUCUCGCUCCUCCCCACCGAGGACGGCGCCCGCACCCAGAUCCUCUCCACCCGGUGGCGCCCCCUCUUUCGCUCCGCCCCGCUCAACCUCGACGUCGAGCUCCGCCGCAAAGACGAGCCCGCCUCCUCCGGCCUCGUCUCCCGCAUUCUCGCCGAGCACCAGGCGCGCUGCCGCCGGCUUGCCCUGAUCUGGCACGGCUACGAAUCUGACCACGUCUUCCCAUUACUGAACGGCUGGCUCGAGUCGCCGGCCUUCAAAGGCCUCUCCGAGUUCGAUCUGUGGCUAAAGCAAGAGGAAAUUUGCCAGAAACUUCGGUUUGUGCCAACGUGGGAGGUUCCGUAUGGGCUGCCACUGUCCUUGCUCCGGCUUUUGCCCAAGCUCCGCAUCCUCAGCAUCAAGUGCACCUGCUACGUGAUCCAUUUCCCCUCCACUACCACCUUGGCCGGCGAUCUACAUUUUCACGAACUCAAGCAGCUCACACUUAAAGGUGUCGUUGUCUCGGAGGGCUUCCUCCAUGGCCUUCUUGCUGGAUGCACCGUGCUGGAGAGCUUGGUACUUAGCGGAUUGGAAGGUGCCUGUGGUUUUCGGAUCAACUCGUCCACCCUUAGGAGGCUAGGGGUGUCGUCUGGUUUUGGUUGGACAGAUGAAUUGUUGCGAGAAGUCAUUGUUGAGGAUGCCCCUGUCCUAGAGAAGUUGUUCCUAUGUGGGAGAGAUCACAACCUAUCUGUCCGUGUGCUUUACGCACCCAAACUGGACUUCUUGGGUUCUCUGCCAGAAGGGUUCACCAAAGGCAAGCUUGAAACCAAUGUUCUUCAGGGAAUUGUUGCCGUCAAUUUGAUGAAUGUGGUGCGGACAGUUAAAGUUUUGGUUUUGCGCAUGUCCCCUCCAAGUGUUGAUGAUGCCAUUGACUUCGUGACAUUCUUUCCUUGCUUGGAGAAGUUAUAUAUUUUGUUAUUCCGGGAUGGGGCAUCAAAAAGAGCACGACACCAUUUUCCACUUGGUUAUAUUGAAUGUUUGGAGCUCCAUCUCAAAAAGGUAGUGCUGAUAAAUUAUCAUGGAUCACCGAGAGAUGUUCAUUUUGCAAGGUUCUUUCUGUUGAACGCAAAAGUGCUAGAACUGAUGGAGUUUGCAACACGCAAAUCGGAAGGUCGAAAGAAAUGCAUUUCUGAAUGGAUAGCUAGCCAACCAAUGAAACUACAGCUGGAUAACAGGGCUUCUCAAGGUGCUCAGUUUAAUUUUACCGAUGCUUCUUACUACGAUGACGGGAUACAUAUUGGGCACAUCCAUGACCUGACUGUUAGUGACCCCUUUGAUAGAUCAUUGUGUCGAUGUCGUGAUAUCGAUGUACUUUGAGAUACUCUCGGUUGUUGCGUUCUUAUUUCACGGCUUGGGAAAACUUUAGAUGGUAUCUGUAAUGUUUGACAUUUGCUUUAGUUGGAACAUCUGUAUUUCUUUGCCAAUCUAUGUUGCUACAUCACAUGCAUAUUCCCAUUGGUAUUUUGA